AUGGCCUCCAAGCAGCUUCGAACCUUCACGAGAGAAGAAGUUGGCAAGCACAACAAGGAUGAUGACCUCUGGAUCAUCAUCGACUCCAAAGUCUACGACAUCACUCGAUUCAAGGGCCUCCAUCCCGGAGGCAUUUCUGUCCUCCUCGAUUCAGAAAUUGCUGGCCAGGAUGCGACGGAAGCAUUCUACAGCCUUCACAGGCAUGAAGUUUUGGAGAAGCCCCAAUACCAACGACUCGUGAUUGGAACAAUUGAAGGCGAGAAGAGCAAGAUCCACGGUCGAAUCCCUGGUGAACUCAGCAAGGUUCCAUAUGCUGAGCCUACAUGGCUGUCUGCUGGCUACCACAGCCCUUACUACUCGGAGAAUCACAGGCAGUUCCAAAAAGCUGUCCGCCGUUUCUUCGAUGAAGUUGUGCAUCCCGACGCCCUUGCAAGGGAAGACGACGGCAAACGACCGUCUCAGGACGUCAUUGACAAGAUGGCACAGCUGAACCUUCACGCCAUGCGAAUGGGCCCCGGAAAACACCUCAAGGGACGUGUUCUCAUGAACGGAUUGGUCAAGCCUGAAGAGUUUGACUACUUCCACGAGCUUAUCAUCACUCAAGAAUUUGCGCGAGCCAGCAUGCGUGGUUACGGUGAUGGCCUACUCGGUGGAAAGGUUAUCGGCCUUCCUCCAGUCCUCAACUUUGGUAGCGAAGAGCUCAAAGCCCGUAUCGUUCCCGACAUCCUGGAUGGCAAGAAGUUCAUCUGUUUGGCCAUCUCUGAGGCCCAGGCUGGAAGUGAUGUUAUGGGUCUGCAAACCACUGCUCGCAAGACCGAGGACGGCCAGCACUGGAUCAUCAACGGAACUAAAAAGUGGAUCACCAACGGCACUUUCGCUGACUACUUCACCGUGGGAUGCAGGACUGACGAUGGUUUCACUGUCAUCCUUGUCGAACGAGGGGAGGGUGUGGAGACGAAGCAGAUCAAGACCAGUUAUUCGUCUACUGCCGGAACUGCCUUCAUCACCUUUGACAACGUCAAAGUCCCCGUUGGCAACACCCUUGGUGAGGAAGGUGGAGGAAUCUUCGUAAUCCUCAGCAAUUUCAACCACGAACGAUGGGUGAUGUGCUGUGCAUCAGCUCGUAGCCAGCGAACCAUUGUCGAGGAAUGCCUCCAAUGGACAAACCAGCGCAAGGUCUUCGGCAAGCCUCUUCACUCUCAGGCCGUCAUCCGUUCGAAGUUGGCCGCCAUGAUCUCCCGCGCUGAAAGUGCUCAAUCGUGGCUCGAAAACAUUACUUACCAGAUGAACAACAUGAGCUAUAAACAACAAGCCAGCAAAUUGGCUGGUCCUAUUGCACUCCUCAAGAGCUACUCGACUCGUGCGGGUCAAGAAACCGCUCGCGACGCCGUUCAAGUCUUCGGUGGUCGGGGCAUUACUAAGACCGGUAUGGGCAAGUUCAUCGAACACUACCACCGAACAGUACCAUUCGAUGCUCUUCUUGGUGGAGCAGAAGACGUCCUCGCCGACCUUGGUGUACGUCAAGCAUUACGCGGAAUGCCCAAGGAUGCACGUCUAUAA